AUGUUCGGGGUCUUUCGUCAGAUGAGUGUUCCGAAAUUUUCGGCCAGAACUCUGCGAUGGAUUUUCCGCUAUGGACAAUGUAUUGGAGUGAUAUUUUUUUGUCUUCAAAAAGAAAGCAAAGGAGGGGAUAAAGUAUCAGUUUGCAGAUGGAUGAAAUGGCUUAGUCUAACCCAUCGACUUGUGACCUACUGUAGAUUCUUCUAUUCAGGUUCGGCGUAUCAAUUUUUCUCAAGUCAUCGAGUUGCACAAUUUCUUCAUGCUUCGCGACUUUUUCUGAGCAUUCCCAUUGUUUUGUUUAUUUCUGGAUAUCAGAUUUUUCGAAGCCCAGAAAUUAUUGAACUUGUGAAUAAGUUUUUGCACCUAUUUUGGCAAGUAAGGAUAUUAUUUAAGCCAGAAAGAAUUGGAUUUGGCGGUAGAAGAGAACUGAUUUUGAUUCUAAUAAGCUCUGUUUGUCUGAUCCAUGAGCUAACAUAUCUGUGGUUUACGACAAAAGAAGAACUUUCGUGGAGCUUUUUUUUGAAUUGGUGGUGCGAUGCCUAUGUCGUCGGCAGUACAAAUAUGUUCAUCCAUAUUAAUUUUAUGGCCUAUCUCAGCCUGGGCGUUCUCUAUUCGGAUGUCAAUAAAUAUGUUCGUGAUCAUUUGACAACCCAACUGCAUAAUUUGGAUAUUUCUACAAGCAAACAAAAAAUAAGAAAGCUGCAAAAUCGCCUAGACAAAUGCCUAUAUUUGUAUAGAGAAAUAUAUAAUAUCAGCAUCUCUUUCCAGAGACUCUUUGUCCUGCCACUAUUUUUGACAUUGAUAAAUAAAGUAGUGUUGGUCGCCAUGAUUGGGAUUAGAAUGAUUAUCGAUUUCAGUUUCAGUGGAAUUGUUUUCUGGACACUAAUUAUCAAACACACAAUGGACCUACUUUUGCUAACCAUUUCAGCUCAGGGAGCAUUGAACCAAUUUAGGAUCAUUCGAAGGCCAAAUUUGGAGAUAGGCAAAGCCGGUGAUCUAAAGGAAUUUCGAACCACGCUGGAGAUAUUUUAUAUCCACCUAAAUCUAUGCCAAUUCCGAGUUUGCAUUUUGGGUCUCUGUGAUGUUUCCAAUGAAUUAUUUUUAAUCAUUUUAUCAGCUCUUGCAACUUGGCUCUCUUUCGUAGCACAGUAUAGAAUGCAAAUGAAAACCAUCCAUCAAUCGCAGGACCAUCCUGGAUCCCUGGCCAUCCUGCUAGCCUGGUAG